UUUGUAAUUUGCCCACCAUACAAUCUUUCUGAUCCGUAUAAUUUUAGCUCUCGUCAUCCCUUUAAAAACCUCUCCAUUGAAGAACUCAGUCAUCUUUAUUCCUUGAAACUUUUGGAUGAUCAAAUGACGAAACUAUCACAGGUGAACCAGAAAAACAGUGCACAAAGUGGUAGUGUUAAUAACAAUAUUUCUACAAGUAAUGAUGUUACUAAGGUGAAGAAGAGAACUAGGAGAAGUUUUCCAAGAGAUUCACCACCACAACGUAGCUCUAUUUAUCGAGGGGUCACUAGGCAUAGGUGGACAGGUCGAUAUGAAGCUCACCUGUGGGACAAGAAUUGCUGGAAUGAAUCACAAAACAAGAAAGGACGCCAAGUCUAUCUUGGUGCUUAUGAUGAUGAAGAAUCUGCAGCACAUGCUUAUGAUUUAGCAGCACUCAAAUACUGGGGUCAAGAUACCAUUCUUAACUUUCCGGUAUCAACAUACCAGAAGGAAUUAAAAGAAAUGGAGAAUCAAUCUAGAGAAGAGUAUAUUGGAUCAUUGAGAAGGAAAUCUAGUGGCUUCUCUCGCGGAGUUUCUAAAUAUAGAGGUGUUGCUAGACAUCACCAUAAUGGAAGAUGGGAAGCUCGCAUUGGCAGAGUUUUCGGCAACAAAUACCUCUAUCUUGGGACAUACGCUACACAAGAAGAAGCUGCCACAGCAUAUGAUAUGGCUGCUAUAGAGUAUCGAGGAUUAAACGCUGUGACCAACUUCGAUUUAAGUCGUUAUAUCAAAUGGCUAAAGCCAAACCAAACCAACCCUACCACCCCUAACUCUAAUAUAGACGCCACCACUGCCUCGACACUAGCAAGCCCUAGUCAUCAUCAACAACAUAACCCAAGUUUCUUCACCACCACCGACGACGACAACCGGCAGCCGCAAGGCACCUGCGUCGGCAUCCCUAGCGAAACCUUGCUGACUCAGCCAAGGCCGGGGAAUGCCACGUCAGCGUUAGGGCUUCUCCUUCAAUCUUCAAAGUUCAAAGAGAUGAUGGAGAUGACAUCGGCAGUAGUAGUUGAUCAAUGCCAGUUGACACCACCACCAUCGACGACGUCAGAACCAACACGAUACAGCUUCCCUGAAAACGUGGAAACGUACUUGGAAUGUCAAGAUUCGAGCAGUCUCGCCGAUGAAGAUAGGGAUAUCAUUUUUGGUGAGCUUAACUCAUUCAUGGCUCCAAUGUUUUCAUGCGACAUCGAUGCCUAGAGUAAAAAAAGAAAACCCCACAAGUUUAUAUUAGACAUGCAUUGACGAUGACAAUUGUUUUAUUUUUUCUUUUUGGAGUUUUCUUUAAUUUAUUAUUUAAUAUACAAAAGAACAACCAAUAAAGAUGUGUAGGUGCUUUGUGUAUUUUCAAGUGCAAAAUAUUAUUAUGUAUGUAUGAAGAAGGAGCGUGUUCUCAA